AUGUCGACCACGAAGGCCCCGGCGCCGCCAGCAAACGGCGUCAUAACAGCUCCGCCGCCAGGAAAUCGGAAGAAGCAGAAGAGGCGUGCAAAGCAAGCGGCCAAGAGCGCAUCGCAGGUACCCUCCGUGCCUCCUCCCCCGGCCGGCUAUGAAGAGGACGCAUUGCGGUAUGACGACGAGGAAGAUGACUUCGAGGAGGACGAGCCGGAAUACUACGAGGACGAGCAACACGACGCACCGCCGCCUAUGCCUCCGACGAAUGGUCUGCACCCGCCUCCGCCACCUGUGGGCAUGAAGAAGACCAAGAAGAAACAUGCCCCGGCGCUGAGUCCGCAUCACCACCACCAUCACCACCACCACCAUGCAUACGAUCCACGCAUGUCCCCACCCCCUCUGCCCCAACAUGCACCUCCUCCGCCCGGCAUGAUGAGACCUUCCAUGCGGCAUGGACACAGCCACGAUAACAUCUGGAAUACCACCUCAGCUCAGGAGCGGCAAAACAUCAAAGAGUUCUGGCUGGAGCUUAGCGAGGAGCAGCGCAAGGGACUGUUGAAGAUCGAGAAGGAGGCGGUUCUUAAGAAGAUGAAGGCUCAGCAGAAGCACUCGUGCUCCUGUACAGUCUGCGGGCGUAAGCGGACUGCAAUCGAGGAGGAACUCGAAGUCCUUUACGAAGGCUACUACGAGGAGCUGGAGCAGUACGCACAUCACGAUAUUCCGCCUCUACCUUCCACGGACGGCAUGAUUCCUCCGCCGCUGCAGCAGCGACAGCAUCCAUUCGCGCACCCUCCACCGCCCAUGCCACCGCAACACAGGACCAGCCACUUGCACGAACACCUGGACGAGGACGAAUUUAGUGACGAGGAGGAAGAAGAGGAGUACAGUGGUGACGAGGAAGACGACGAGCCGUACUCGGAUGAAGAAUUGGACCAGGGGCCUGAGCCUGAGCCGCCGCGAGGGCACCCAGGCGUGCCGGACUUUUUCAAUUUCGGCUCACAUCUGACUGUCAAAGACAACCUCCUCACGGUAGCCGACGACCUGCUCAAAAACGACGGCCGAAAGUUCAUCGAAAUGAUGGAACAGCUCGCCGAGCGUCGCAUGCAACGUGAGAGUCGGUCACAGUACGAGGCAGAACAUCAUGCAGGCUACCCGCCCGAUGAGAACUCCUACAGUCACGAAGAUCCCCUGGCAACAGAGGAAUACGACGAUGACGAUGCCUCGUACGACAGCCAAGACGAUUUCGACGACGAAAUGGAAGAAGAGGACGAGAUGGUGAGCCAUCGCGAGCUUGAAAUGGCAAGUCGACGAAUGUUUCAAAUAUUUGCUGCUCGCAUGUUCGAGCAGCGUGUUUUGACAGCAUAUCGAGAAAAGGUCGCCACCGAAAGACAAAUGAAGCUUCUCGAGGAAAUUGACAACGAAGACAAGCUCCAAGCCCAGCGCGAGGCGAAGAAGCAGCGGGAUGCGCAAAAGAAAAAGGACAAGAAGAAACAGCAAGCGCAAGCCAAAGCCGAGGAGAAAGCCAAGCGAGAUGCCGAGAAAGCUGAGGAGGAGCGUCAACUGCGAGAGGCCGAGGAGAAGAAGCAGGAGGAUCAGCGGAGGAGGAGAGAGGAGCAGCGGAAGAAGAGAGAAGAGGAAAAGAAGAAGCAAGAAGAGGAGAAGGCGCGCAAGGAGGCUGAGAGGUUACGGCGGCAGCAAGAAGAACAGCAACGCCGAGAGGAAGCCGAACGUAAAGCGAGGGAGCAGAAGGCUGCCGAGAAGGCCAAGAAGGACGAAGCACGAAAGAAAGAGCGCGAGGAGCGAGAGGCACGAGAAAAGGAGGCUCGUGAGCGCAAAGCCCAAGAAGAAAAAGACAAGCGGGAACGUGAAGCAAAGGCGAAAGCUGAGAAGGAGGCAAAAGAGCGCGAGAAGUCUGCGCAACAGGCUGCUUCGGCGCCGCAUCCUCCUCAGAUCACGAAGCGUCCCUCGCAAGCUGGCAUGGUGGCCAUACCUGGAGUCUUUCCCAAGCAGACACAGUCUGGCAUCUCUUCGCCCCAUCCGCAAGUCGCAACACCUGCGAUACCCAAGGCGCCCACUCCAGCGAAGCACCGACAAGCAUCGCAGCAACGAGGCAGCUCGCAUGCGUCUUCUCCGAGACAAUCGAAUUCUCUGCCUUCUGGCGCACCUAGCAAGAGCUCAUCCCCCGGAAGUGUCGGACAGCAACAAAAUCAGGUUCAGCCAAAGACUAUAAUGCAAAAGCCCAGUAACCACCAAGCUGGUCAGCAACAACCUCCGCAUAUACCCGCUUCGUAUCCACUACCGCAACAACACAUUCAACCUCCGCCUGGUAUGGCUCAUCCACAGCAACACCAUGGCGGCUUUGGACAUAUGUCACCCAUGGCCUUCCCGGCCUUUCCAGGACCCCAAGGACCAUUCGCUCCAAGCAUGGGACAGAGAGGACCAAUGCCAAUGUUCCCACCCCACCAAGGACCGCCACCAAUGGGUCUGCCUAAUCGCAUGCCUUUUGGCGCGCCCGGUAUGAAUGGAAUGGCACCUCCACCAGGCAUGAUACCGCCUCCGAUGAGAGGCUUCCCGUAUGAUGCGCCUGGGCAAGCGCCACCUGGCUUUGGUCAAGCAUUGCAUCACAACCAAACAUCUCCGUUAGGCCCUUCACCAGGAGCAUCGGGCGGCGAUGCACCCAGGACGAGCAUAAGUGGACACUCGCGGCAACAAUCAUCCGAGAAGGAGAGAUUCGAGUCUGCUGCCAACCAACCAAUUGCUCGACCAGCGCCGAUCCAGCGUCCAAGCAGUGUGAGACCUCCCGGUGCAGAGCGAACGACUUUGAACGCCGAAGUAGAUGCCAUGAGUCAGCACUUAGGUAGUUCCGCGCUGCUUGACGACACAGAGGAGCAGAUGCUGCCCGGCAUGCAAGACAGCAGGCGACACUCGCAGAUCCCAGCCGGCAGUCGAGGCAUACCCAUUCCUAACGCUGGCAUGCACCCCACCGGUGGGUUUGGUGGACCCAAUGGCGGGUUUGGCACGCCAGGCAGCACAUGGAACACUCCCGCAAUGCCAUUCGGCUCCAGUCCAGGUCUUCAGAGCAACUGGGGCAGUCUGCCCAACCCUGGAAUGGGCGGCUGGAUGAACAAUAACUUUGCACCGAACGGCUUUGGCUCGAUGGCACCUGGUGUGAUGAACGGUCGCGCCCCUGGGCUCUCGCAACCCCGACCAUUGGUCAUUCGGCAAGAGAUCUGCAAAGCGUGCCAACAACUAUCCAAUGCAAGCCGUGGCGAAGGCGAUGGUUACAACAAGGUUGACGUUCUCCUCCAGCAAGUCGAAAACAAUCACCCACCACUUGACGCACCCAUCACUCUACAGGAAGUCGAAGACAUCUGCGAGACAGAAGGCGAUAGCCAUAACGGGGGCGGCGAACUGUCUCUGCGGAGAGACGACGACGGCAAUGUCGAGGUGAAGUGGGAAGACCACGCCAGUACGCCGGACCAAGGACGAGGAUCUAUGGGUCUUGGUGAAAUAGGAUCUCCCAUGCCGAGCAAGACCUCUCCUGCCGUUGGCUUUGGCGCACCUGGCAUGCCUCGUGCUUUUGGCAGUCUUGGAGCAGUUGGAAAUCCGAAUGUGUAG